AUGGGGAAAGGAAAGAAAUCAGCUCAACAAGCCGAAUCAUCCAAGGAAGAAAAGCAUGCAGAGGCUGAAGGAAGUCAAAGGUUACUCGCUGAUGGCGAACCUGAAUCGCCUCCACCGAGAAACGAUAUGCCCGUCUCCGAUGCACUCCCUGAGGUCACCGAGGAGCUUGACUCAUUCAAUACCGCUAAUGAGAAAGCCCCUUCAGAGGAGAGCGAUGAAAGGACUCCAGGUCUUGGAGAGGAGCCAUCUGUGAAGGUUCCUGAAGCAGAUCCGCAACCGCAAAUCGGAUCCACUGGUGCUGCCAUUCAAGAUGUUCCGGUCACUGCUAAAUCACCAGAAGAAAAGGAUGAAUCUGCUCUACCUCUGGCGAUCAUUGAAGUUGAGAAGGAGCUAAGUGAAGCUGAGUCUGAUUCAGCCAAGAAAGUGGACGAUGAACCCAAGGAUGAUGCUGUUACUGUGGGUUCUGAAUCAGAUGAAGCUUCCCAGAAGGAAAGGAGGAAGAAACGGGUGCUGAAGAGAUUAGGGUUGCGCUCUGGGAAACAGAGAAAGACAGGGGAGUCUAGUACACCAACUCAAUCUCAGUUUCUCACACCAGAAGAUGCAACCAAGUCUCCAUAUUUGGCUAAGGAAGCAGGAGCCUCGCCUCAGCUGAGAUCGAGAAGGUCUGGUGAUAAAAGUGCUGAACCAAUGCCUCCUCUCAUCAAGAAAAGGAAGCUGAUCAGUGGGGGUUACUUGGCCGUUAUCAAGAAAGGAUCUAUGGAAUCAACUGUCUCGAAUCUUGCAGUGUAUGUUGAGCAAGUUGUAGCUGAGUUCUAUGCAGGUCUGCCGAGUACUAAAGCUGAAGCGGAUGUUGAUGAAGUGGUUGUCUCUGUACGGGGACAAGAGUACAAGUUCUCACCUGCGCACCUCAAUAAUGCCAUAGAUUGGGAACCACUUACUGAGGAAGAAGAGGAGGAAGCCGCAACGUUGGAUGAUAUCUCGGUAACUGAGUUAGCUUCUUUCAUCACCGGAGAUACAAAGACAGAAUGGGAUGGUCUCACUACAGCGGACCUUACUCCAUGCUACGGGGCCUUGAUGAUCAUAGCUGCAUACAACUGGAUUCCCUCGACUCACAAGACAUAUGUCUCACUUGAGAGAGCAAGACUGAUCUACAAGAUGGCUCAUGGAGUCCGUGUUGAUUUGGGGAAGAUGAUGUUCAGACAGAUUCUUAAUCUUGGAGUGAUUCAAGUCAAUGAUGCCCGCUGGUUGAUCUUCCCUCGCUUGAUCAUGGCACUUCUUCAAAGUCAGCAGGCGGUUCCAUCCUAUCCUAGUGACAAGCUCCAACGUCCGGUUCUCUACAAGAAGGAUAAACGAGUGGGCGAGAUCUAUGAGCAGAGACUGGCAAAAGGAAAGGGACCAGCUAAAGCUGAACCAAAGAGAAGCUCUGCAAGGACAACCCGUCAGAACUGCACCACGUCGUGUAUCCCUUUAUGA